GGGCUAUACUCUAUAACUCCAGCUAAUUGGCUGAAACAGACAGCUCAUGAUAUCAUUUCCAUCGCGAUACCUAGGUGACUGAGUGAAAUAGCAGGGAAGAGUUGAGGACAGUGUCCCUAAGCAAUGCAGCUUGCAGGACCAAAUAUUUACGCCAGGUUAGGUCUAUUUGGCCUAAAAUAAAACUUCCUGCAUAUAGAAUCAUGACCGUCGCACCUUAUUCUGGGGCACCGGCCAAACCUGAACCGUGGACAAUCAGGGGGUGCCUUAAGCAAAGCAGGACCCUUAUCUCAUCACACUUGAUCUUUCACCGCUUGUUGCCUACUCUCUUGAACAAUUGAUCCGCACCACGAAACUCAUCCUCCUCCAAGCUUGCUCACAAACCAUCGAUGAGACCCAAGUCAUACGAGGAGCGCAUCGCGGACGCGGUAGCGGACUUCCGCAACCAGGUGUACCCCAGCAUCCGUCAGGCGGCAGAAGCACACCAGGUGGCGCGCACCACACUCGGAAAUGCGCUCACCGGCAAGCGCAACAAGCUGAUACGAAGCCGACUCAACAGGAUGACUCAGGAGGAGGAAGUCUUUGUGGAGAACUGCGUGCUUAAGCAGAGUGCCAUCGGCAGGCCACUCACGCGCAAAACGCUCCGCGAUUUGGUGCAGGACGUGUUGGCACAGCGCGGUAGCGGCGGCGCGGUGGGCAAAAACUUUGUUGCAAAGUUUUUAAAGAAAAAGGGCUUGGAUAUGCAAGUAGCAAAACCGAGAGAGCGCAAAAACGUGUCCCCCGUGAGUCAUGAGAGUCUCCGGCGAUAUUUUUUUGACGCGGCCGAGUUUGAUGAUACGUUUGAGUUUGCACCGCAAAACGUGUACAUUCUCGAUAAGGCGCGACAUAGCCUUGGCCCCAACUAUCACCGCAUCCGCGACGGCUACACGGACGGGAAACCACGCGACGACACCGUGUGGCACUCUGUUACCCAGCUUGAGAGUAUUAGCGGUGAUGGAUAUGUGCUUCCACCGUGCGUGGUGGUUAGGGCAAAGGAGGACCCGCAGCUUGAAGGGCCUGACGCCUGGUAUCCCAAGGAUCGCGCACUCACCCAAGGCUGGGACAUUCAGUUCUUCGAUAAUAACGUAACCAAGACUGCACUCACGUUUUAUUGGCUUCGUGAAAUUUUUGAGCCACUCAGCGCUCAGCGCGCAUGCGGACAGCCGCGUUUACUCUUCCUCGAUGGCAACCACACAUACACCAGUAAGGAGUUCCUUCACUACUGUGUGCAACACAAGAUUCAUGUACUCGUAUUUCCCUCACACUUGUUCGCUCCGGGUGACCGCAAUCCGUUCUCGCAGUUCAAGGACAACAUUUCUGCGAAGGCAAGCGACUGCAUCGCACGCGGCGUGCCUCUUGUACCUUGCGACUUCAUGGAGCUCGUGGCACGCGCGCGGACCGAGGUGUUCAGGCCCGCGGCGAUUGCCAACACUUUCCGCAGCUGCGGGUUGGCACCUUUCAAUAAAGAGAAGCUCCUUGCACACUAUAACAAGACACGACCCGGGAUGUUUGGCGAGAUGACAGUUCCGCUUAUGAUGCGCAACUUCUACUUCUCGUGCAACCCUGCGGACCGCCCGCCGCCGCCGAUCAGUCUGUACACAGAGUUGCAAGAGGAUAAGGCGUUGCUAUAUAACAGUGAUCUGGACUCCUUGGAUGAAGCCCUAGCCCCGCACAGUGACUCGCACCCCGGCCUCGUGGAAUUUGACGGUUUUUCGUUGAUAGAAGCGGCAGCAGUGGGAACUCCCAGCGCUGGCGAAGCGGUGCUUAUGACCUCACCUGCGCUGGGCUUUGAGAAUGGAACUGUGAGGCGCGAGGACUACGAACGGGACAUGAAACGGUUGCUAAAUGAGAUACUGAGGCUCUACAGUCACUGUGGGUUCUUGCAAUCAACGGUGAUAUCCCUCACGGAGGAAAAGAAACAUUCUAAGGAAGCAUUUAGCAAGGUUUUCAAGAUGGGACACGAAGUUACCGCGUCUAAGCUUCGCGGCGGUCUCAAGCGGUACAACUCUGAGGCGUCUAGGGCCUUGCAGCGCCGCAUGGACCGUGAUUUCCAGAGGAGCACCUUCCAAAAUGAAGGGACACGUCGUGGCUCAAACUCAGUUGCGUUUGAGCUGAUUUUAAGCCAGGAGGCAGGCCCCGGGGAGAGCUCCGAAGGACCUGCGAAGGAUCAUAUUCAAGCGGAAAUUGAGCGCGCCGAAAAGAAAGUGGACGAGAUGAUUACUUGCCAUGAUAUCAUGAAAAUUUUUGCAGGAUACAAGGAGGAGAAGAAAUAAAGGAAUAGAGUAAAGAGUGGACUUAGUUGACAGAGAUAUAACUGGAACAGAAUCUUCCAAAGAAAGGGGAAUUGGGGACUCUAUAUGGGACUAGUCCAGGAUAAAAAUGCAAUGGGGUGUUUAAGUUUAUCAUGGAUUGGUUGAGCAUAAGUUAGAGAAUAUGUGGAGAGAGAAAUUCUCCUCCAUUCCCUCUUUAAUCUUUGUAGGAAAAGUUUUAUUUGACCUCUGGAGCGCUUAAGAGAAACCUAAUGGAAGAAAAGACGGAAGCAAUUCAAUUUUAGAUGGAAAGGUUGUAAAGCUUGUACUGGUUAAAAAAGGCAAGCAAGUGAUCGGUAUUUCUAUUGCGAAUGGACCAAGAAUCAACCAAAUUCUUUGAAGGACAAGCGGGGCAGAGCCUCUGAAUGUUAAUAGCAAACAAUGCACAAACGUAUCCAGCCAAGUCUCUAGGCUUUGAUGAGAUA